AUGUGGAGCAGACUCAAUCUGCAGAAGUUUGGGAAUUGGCUCAAGAGGGAGGACGAGGAGCCGCCGCCAGGUGGCUGGGACGAGAAGUCCGGACGCGUCUCGGACGAUAACAAGGAGAACGGACGGCCGGGACUGCUGGGGAGGAGGACGAGCAGGAGGAGGAUGAACUCUGAGAAGAGGGAUAGACUUUUGCCGGUAGAUACGGCCAGUGAAGAGCGGAGGGCUACCUCUAUGGACAUGAGAGGCAGUGAACCGAAGGCACUGAGCCCACCGGCCGUGUCAAUUCCAUCACGCUCGAUGCCUGAGAUACAGAGCCCGUUUCAGGAGUCCCCAGGAAGACCCAUUGGAGGAGGAGAGGACUCCAACAUACCUCCUGGAUCCCGACAGGUCGAUUUUGGCUUCGAUCAGAACGCCGAGGAGCCGGCGCCUAUUGGACCACCACCCCCACUGUCGACCACUGGAGAGUUUACGGAGCAUGACGUAGAGUCCGAGGGCAUUGACGAGCAUCUUCUGCAGCAAGAACUCGAGGCAAAAUGGAUCCUCAACCUCAGCAUGCAUUUCCGGGAUCUUUCGGAUCGGGAAAAGUUUUUCAUCACCUACGCCGAGGAGUCGAACAAGUGGAGGAGAGUCACUGUUUCCUGCGACUAUCGGGACGUGCAGCCUGACUCACUCGAAGCGGAUCUGAAGAGUCUGCAUUACCAGAGAGACAAGAGUGCGAGGAUCUAUGAGUCCAUCCGUGACUCUCUACCAGACAUACAAUUUUACGACACAGUCACUAAUCUCAAGCUCGAGACGGCUGAUGGCAGACUCCACGUCCACGUUACCGAAGACGUCAACGAAAUCAUACCGUAUCCAGCAACGCCCGCCGUCGACCAUCUAUCCUGCCGCCGAUAUCGAGAGAACGCGGUCAAUUUCGAGUCGCAUAUCUCAGGCUUCGUGUACAAAGUUACUGUGGAUGGCAAGCACUACAUCAAGAAAGAAAUUCCAGGACCAGAUGCUGUGGAAGAAUUUCUAUAUGAGAUCAAUGCGCUCUGUAAUCUCCGUGACUCCAAGAGUGUCAUCAAGUUUGAAGGAGUCAUCGUGGACGACAAAGAUGAACUCAUCAAAGGUCUCCUCAUCAGCUAUGCAGAUCAAGGUGCUCUUGUAGAUUUGCUCUACGACUGGAAGAACACUGACAAGCUCCCGUGGGAACGACGCGAGAGAUGGGCCAAGCAGAUCGUCGAGGGCCUUUCGGAGAUACACGAGGCUGGCUUUGUCCAGGGCGACUUCACCCUCUCAAACAUUGUCAUCAACGACAACGAUGACGCCAAAAUCAUCGAUAUCAACCGUCGCGGUUGUCCUGUGGGAUGGGAACCCCCAGAGCUCGCCAAGCUGAUUGAAAGCGGCCAACGGAUAUCCAUCUACAUCGGCGUCAAAUCUGACCUCUUCCAAAUGGGCAUGGUUCUCUGGGCCCUCGCGGAACAACAGGAUGAACCGGAACGCCAAGAACGUCCGCUUACCCGGACUUUCGCUCGUCCGAACCACAUCCCGCAAUAUUAUCGCGAGCUUGUGAUCGCAUGCCUCAGCGAGAAUCCCCGUGACAGACUCACUGCCAGGGCCCUUCUCGGAAAAUUCCCCGAAGUCAUCCCUGAGCCUCCCAAGCCCCUGAUCAACUCUCGCCAUAGCAUAUCAACCCAUCGUUCGGACAAGGAAUACAUCGACCCUGCGACUGCUGUGAACCUCGAGGACCUCUCUACUCUUCGAGAACGUUCAGCUCGCUCUCAUUCGUCAUUCUCCGCUGGAGGCAUUACCUUUGCCGACGGUGCUCCCUCUACUGAAUACCAAUUUGGCUCUUCGGGCUCUUACAUCAUUCCGAAUCCUAGAGGCCGCCCACCAGAGAUACGAUCCAACCACCGCCAAUACGACAACUCGCCAUACGCCGCCCCACGCUCCGUCAUGAGUCUAGACGAUAGCGAACUCGAAAACGAACCGGCCAGUCUCCCCGAAAGCAGAGAGCCGCGCUGGGAACAAGUCUACGUCGAUGGCGAUACACGCCUCGUUCAACGGCACAACGUGGGCAUGCAAUCCCACGACUUCGUGAGAGAAGAAUCCUCCGCCCUCUGCAUCUCCACCCCACCUGGAGAGCUUGAAAAUUCUCUCGAAUCGUCCCUCAAGAGCGGAGAUACGCAGCUUCAACUU